GAGCUCCACGUCGGCCGCGCAGGCGCCCCCGGCCCCGCUCACCUGCUGCCGUUGUCGCCGUCGCCGCCGCCGUGGCUGGAUGGAGGGCCGAGGCCAGCCAGGGGCACCCGAAAGCAAGAGACGCGGCGGCGGCGACGCCGACACCCGCUGGACGCGCGUCCUGAUCCGCCCGCAGAACGAAGGAGGCGGCCGCGAACCCCGGCCCCCGCGGUGGUCUCUCCUGUGACGGAGCCGCCGGUGUCGCGGCCGCUGGCCCUCCCCGGGCACCCGCCCCUCAGGUCUCAUUUCUACUCAGGACCCCCCGCCCACCCCCGCGCAGCGCCAUGUUCAAGAAACUGAAGCAGAAGAUCAGCGAGGAGCAGCAGCAGCUCCAGCAGACGCUGGCGUCCACUCAGGCUUCCUCUAAUUCUUCAACACCAACAAGAGAUAGAAGCAGAACAUCUUCAUUUACAGAGCAAGGUGAUGAAGGUACACCCAAUAGAGAGCUACUAGCCGGGAUGAUAGCAGAGCCUGCUUUUCUCUCUGAGUAUACUAUCUUUGCUUUGGAUCCCUCCAAACAUCCUAAAACACAGACUGACAGUGUGAAUGCAUCUACAAAAUCUCCCGACAGUGUUAAUGGAAGUGAACCAGUGACUCCUCAGUCAGGUGACACGCAGUCUUUCGCACAGAAGCUCCAGCUCCGGGUGCCUUCCAUGGAGUCUUUGUUCCGAAGUCCGAUAAAGGAAUCUCUAUUCCGAUCUCCUUCUAAAGAGUCUUUGGUCCGAACAUCUUCCAGAGAGUCACUGAACCGAUUUGACCUAGACUCUUCUGCUGCUGUGGCCUUUGAUCCACCCUCUGAUAUGGAGAGUGAAGCCGAAGACUCACUAGGGAAUUUGGACCAUCUCAGCAAAGAACACCUGAUUCAGUCUUUGCAAAGAACAGAACGAAGACUCAGUAACUACAAAGGAAAGUAUUCUGAGCUUUUUACAGCUUACCAAACUUUGCAGAGGGAGAAGAAAAAGUUACAUGGUAUAUUAAGUCAGAGUCAGGAUAAAGCACUUCGGAGAGUUGCAGAAUUAAGAGAGGAGCUCCAAAUGGACCAGCAAGCAAAGAAACAUCUCCAAGAGGAGUUUGAUGCAUCGUUAGAGGAAAAAGAUCAGUAUAUUAGUGUUCUCCAGACUCAGGUUUCUCUGCUGAAACAAAGGUUGCGAAAUGGUCCUAUGAGUGUGGCUUUGUUGACACCACUCCCCCAGGAAGAGCCUCAAGCUGAAGACUCUCCUAAAGAGAGCCCCGAGAGUGAUGGAGAGCAGCCAGUGGUGGACGAUGGAACUUCUGCUAAAACAUUGGAAAUACUUCAACAGAGAGUCAAGCGCCAAGAGAAUCUGUUGCAGCGGUGUAAGAAAACAAUCCAGUCUCAUAAGGAGCAGUGUGCACUGUUAACCAGUGAGAAGGAAGCACUGCAGGAGCAACUAGAUGAACGGCUUCAAGAACUAGAAAAGAUGAAGGAGCUUCAUAUGGCUGAGAAGACUAAACUUAUCACUCAGUUGCGAGAUGCAAAGAACUUAAUUGAACAGCUUGAACAAGAUAAGGGAAUGGUGAUAGCAGAGACAAAGCGUCAGAUGCAUGAGACCCUGGAAAUGAAAGAAGAAGAAAUUGCUCAGCUUCGAAGUCGCAUCAAGCAGAUGACAACUCAGGGAGAGGAAUUGCGGGAACAGAAGGAAAAGUCUGAAAGAGCUGCUUUUGAAGAACUUGAAAAAGCCUUAAGUACAGCCCAAAAAUCAGAAGAAGCACGGAGGAAAAUGAAGGCAGAAAUGGAUGAACAGAUAAAAGCUAUUGAAAAAGCAAAUGAGGAAGAACGUUUCAGUCUUCAACAGGAAUUAAGUCGGGUGAAACAGGAGGUCGUGAAUGUAACAAAAAAAUCCUCAGAACAAGUGGCAAAACUACGGAAGCUUCAUGAAGAGGAGCUGGUUAGCAAAGAACAGGAACUGACCAAGAGCUUUCAGGCCCAAGAGAGGGAACUUCAGGAGCAAAUGAAAGUAGCUCUUGAAAAAAGUCGAUCGGAGUAUUUGAAGAUCACCCAAGAGAAAGAACAGCAAGAAUCCCUGGCUCUGGAAGAGUUAGAGUUGCAGAAAAAAGCGAUCCUCACAGAGAGCGAAAAGAAACUUCAGGACCUUCAACAUGAAGCCGAAACCUACAGAACUAGAAUUCUUGAAUUAGAAAGUUCUUUGGAAAAAAGCCUGCAAGAGAGCAAAAAUCAAUCAGAUGAUUUGACUGUUCAUUUGGAAGCUGAAAAAAAUAAGCACAAUAAAGAAAUCACAAUCAUGAUUGAAAAACACAAGACAGAAUUGGAAAGCCUACAGCACCAGCAGGAUAACCUGUGGACUGAAAAAUUUCAAAAGAUGGAGCAACAGCAUCAGAGUGAAAUGGAAAAGCUUAGGGAAAAGCAUGAACAAGAGAAAGAGACAUUGUUGAAAGACAAAGAGAUUCUCUUCCAGGCCCACAUAUCAGAGAUGAACGAAAAGACUUUAGAAAAGCUUGAUGUGAAGCAAACAGAACUAGAAUCGUUGUCUUCUGAACUUUCAGAAGUAUUAAAAGUUCGUGAUAAACUACAAGAGGAACUUUCUGUUCUAAAGGACCAAGCAGAUAAAGUGAAGCAGGACUUAGAAGCCAAAUUAGAUGAACAGAAAAAUCACCACCAGCAACAAGUUGACAGUAUCAUUAAAGAACAAGAGAUGUCUUUCCAGAGAACUGAGAAGGCACUAAAAGAUGAAAUUAAUCAUCUUGGGCUUCUUCUGAAGGAAAAGGACAAGCAUCUAAAAGAGCAUCAGGCUCAUGUGGAAAACUUGGAGGCAGAUAUUAGAAGGUCUGAAGGGGAACUCCAAAAGGCAUCUGCUAAGCUUGAUCUUUGUCAGUCACACCAGAGUACUGCACAUGAGCAGGCAAAAACAUAUGAGGAGCAGUUAGCCCAGUUGCAGCAGAAGUUGUUAGACUUUGAAACAGAAAAAUCUCUUCUUACCAAACAGGUAGCUGAGGUUGAAACACAGAAAAAAGUUGUCUGUACUGAGUUAGACACACACAAAAUCCAGGUACAGGACUUAAUGCAGCAACUUGAGAAGAAGAAUAGUGAAAUGGAAGAAAAAGUAAAAUCUUUAACCCAACUCUAUGAGUCCCAGCUUAAAGAUCACAAUGUGGAACAGCAACAGACAAAACAAAUCUUGAUGGAAAAAGAAAAUAUAAUUUUACAAAUGAAGGAAGGACAAAGCAAAGAAACUGAAAUACUCAAACAGAAACUGUCAGCAAAGGAGGAUAGUAUUAGUGUUUUGCAUGAAGAAUAUGAAACCAAAUUGAAAAAUCAAGAAAAAAAGAUGGAAAAAAUUAAGCAAAAAGCUAAAGAAAUGCAAGAAUCAUUAAAGAAAAAACUGUUGGAUCAGGAGGCAAAACUUAAAAAGGAGCUUGAAAAUACCGUUCUAGAGCUUAGUCAGAAAGAAAAACAGUUCAAUGCCAAAAUUUUGGAAAUGGCACAGGCUAACUCAGCUGGAAUCAAUGAUGCUGUGUCAAAGUUGGAAACGAACCAGAAGGAACAAAUAGAAAGUCUUACUGAGGUGCAUAGGCGAGAACUCAAUGAUGUCAUAUCAGUCUGGGAAAAGAAACUUAAUCAGCAAGCUGAAGAACUUCAGGAAAACCAUGAAACUCAGUUACAGGAAAAAGAGCAAGAGGUAGCCGAAUUGAAGCAAAAGAUACUUCUGUUUGGGUGUGAGAAAGAAGAGAUGAACAAGGAAAUAGCAUGGCUGAAGGAAGAAGGGAUUAAACAGGAUACAAAGGUAAAGGAAUUGCAAGAACAGUUAAACCAGAAGUCUGCUCAUAUGAAUUCUCUCUCAGAAAAUGAAACUAAACUGAAGGCACAGCUUCAAAAGCUGGAAGUUGACUUGGAUCAUUCUCUGAAGGAGAAUACUUGUCAUCAGGAAUGUAUAGUUGAGCUAAAGAUGCUAGCAGAAAAAGAUAAACUUAAGGUUUCUGAGCUGACUGACAAGUUGAAAACUACAGAUGAAGAAUUCCAGAGUUUAAAAUCUUCACAUGAAAGAUGUAAGAAAAGCCUGGAAGAGAAAAGUUCGGAAUUCGCAAAACUUUCUGAGGAACUCGCUAUUCAGCUGGAUCUUUACGCUAAGAAAUCCGAGGCCUUCUUACAAACCAAAACAAACGAACUCAUCAAUAGUAGUAGCAGUAAAAUUAAUGCUCUUCUCUCUAGAAUUUCUCAUUGUCAGCACCACACAGCUAAAGUUAAGGAGGUACUAGUAUUGAAAACUUGCAAAGUUGCUGAACUAGAAACACAGCUUAGCCGGCUAACUGAAGAGCAGAGUACACUCCAUAGUUCUUUUCAACAGGCUUCCUGUCAGUUAGAAGAAAAAGAAAAUCAAAUUAGGAGCUUGAAGGCUGAUAUUGAAGGCCUUGUCACAGAAAAGGAAGCCCUACAGAUGGAAGGAGGCCAUCAGCAGCAGGCCGCCUCAGAAAAGGAGUCUUGUAUCACGCAGCUGAAGAAAGAGUUAGCUGAAAACAUCAAUGCUCUCACUUUGAUGAAAGAAGAGCUUACAGAGAAAAAGUUGGAGAUCAGUAGUCUGAGUAAACAGUUAACUGAUUUGAAUGCUCAGCUUGAGAAUAGCAUCAGCCUGACUGAAAAAGAAGCGGCCAUUUCAUCUCUCAGAAAGCAAUACGAUGAAGAACAACAUGAAUUACAAGUUCAGGUGCAAGAUUUAUCUUUGAAAGCUGAAACUUUGAGUAAGGAGAAAAUGUCUGCUCUUGAAAGGGAGGAUCAUUUGUCCAACAAAUUCUCAGAAUGGAAGAAGAAAGCUCAGUCAAAAUUUACACAGUAUCAAAGUACUAUUAAAGAAUUGCAGACGCAGCUUGAGUUAAAAACAAAGGAAGGCAGUGAAAAGGAGGAGAAGAUAACUUCAUUGAAGGCAGACCUUGAUCAGCAAAGUAAGACAUUUGAAGGUUUAAAGGGUGAAAUGGAAGACAAGAAGAGCCAGUUGGAAAAAAAGGAGAGUAAUUUAGAGAAUGAGUUAAAAACUCAAACAGCAAGAAUUGCAGAAUUAGAGGAACAUGUUGCUCAGAAAACAAGUGAAAUCGAGUCCUUAAGUGAAGUUCUUAGGAAUUACAACCAACAAAAGGACAUUGAACGGAAUGAACUGGCUCAGAAACUUCAGCACAUGCAAGAGUUAGGGGAAGAGAAGGACAACAGGGUUAAAGAAGCUGAAGAAAAAGUUUUAGGACUGGAAAAGCAAGUGUCUUUUGUGAAAGCUGAACUGGAGACUACAAAGAAAGAAUUAGAAUGUAUGGAUUCAAGUAUGAAGAGUAAAGAACAGGCAUUAAAAGCACUGGAAGAUAGACUUGAGCAAGAAAGUGCUACAAAACUAGCAGAACUGAAGAAAAAAGCUGAACAGAAAAUUGCUGCCAUCAAGAAACAGUUACUGUCUCAGAUGGAAGAGAAAGAACAGCAGUAUAAACAAGAUGCAGAAAGCCGUUUGAGUGAGCUGCACAUAAAACUGAAGGAAAGGGAGAAUGAGAUUCAUAUCUUGGAAGAAAAACUCAAGUCCACAGAAAGUUCACCCCUGCCAGAAGCAUCAGUUGUACCCAGAUCAGCAAAUAAUUUGGCAUGUGCUGAGCAGGAAGAGGUAGCUUCCCAAGACUGUGUGCAGAAGGCAUGUGAAGAAAAAGUCAGUGUUUUACAAAGAGAUUUAAUGGCAAAAGAAAAGCUAUUGCAGAAACUGGAGCAAGAAAGAGAAGAGAUGACUUCUUCUCAUUCUGAAAUGCAAUGCAAAUACCAAGAGCUCUUACAAAAGAUCGAAUACAGUGAAGCAAAGCAACGUGAGGAUCAAGUUAUGAUCAGUCAUCUUCAAGAAGAACUUAAAGGAAAAAACACAUAUCCCUUGGAAGCAUCUCAACAAGUAGAAGAGGGAGGUAAAAAUAACACAGCAAAGCAAAACUUGGAAAAUGUGGAUGACGAUGUCCAGAAAAUCCUCCAGGAGAAGGAACUAACCUGUCAGAUGUUGGAGCAAAAGAUUAAAGAGCUGGAUUCAAGCUUAGUAAGAGAGAAGGAAGCACAUAGAGUUGAAGUGGAAGAACUGAUCUCAAAAUAUGAAAAAUUACAGGCUACACAGCAGCAGAUAGAUGAAACAAGUAAAUUCACAAAUACCUUGGAAACGAAUGCUGAUGAAAAGUCCAAAUCACAUGGGGUCCAACCCAGAUUGCUCAGUAACACAGAGUCUGAGCACAAUGACCUGGAGUUUAAAUUAGAAGGGGCAGAACGAGAGAAGCAGAAACUGGGUAAGGAGAUUGUUAAAUUGCAGAAAGAUCUUCGAGUGUUGCGGAAGGAGCAUCAGCAAGAAUUGGAUAUAAUAAAGAAAGAACAUGAACAAGAAAUGGAAGAGAGAAUCAAACAGGAGCAGGAAGAUCUGGAGUUGAAGCACAAUUCCACACUAAAACAACUAAUGAGAGAGUUUAACACACAACUGGCACAAAAGGAACAUGAGCUGGAGAUGACCAUAAAAGAAACCAUCGAUAAAGCCCAGGAAGUGGAAGCUGAACUUAUGGAGACCCAUCAAGAAGAGACAAAUCAGUUACAUAAAAAAAUUGCAGAGAAAGAAGACGAUCUACAAAGAACAGUCAGAAGAUAUGAAGAAAUCCUUGAUGCUCGUGAAGAAGAAAUGACUGCUAAAGUGCUGGACUUGCAGACUCAGCUUGAGGAGCUGCAGGAGAAAUACCAGCAGAAGCUCCAGCAAGAAGAGGCAGAUCCUGACAAUGACAAAGUAACAAUUAUGGAGCUCCAGACACAACUAGCACAGAAGACCACUCUAGUCAGUGAUUCAAAGUUAAAAGAGCAAGAGUUCAAAGAACAGAUUCAUAAUCUAGAAGACCGUUUGAAGAAAUACGAAAAGAAUGUAUAUGGAGCAAAUGCAGAGACAUCUAAAGGUGGCAGUUUUUACCAUACUGAUGUCUCACUCUUCGGAGAAUCUACUGAGUUUGAGUAUUUGCGAAAAGUGCUUUUUGAGUAUAUGAUGGGUCGUGAGACUAAGACCAUGGCAAAGGUUAUAACCACUGUGCUAAAGUUUCCUGAUGAUCAGACUCAGAAAAUUUUGGAAAGAGAAGAUGCUCGGCUAAUGUAUACUUCACCUCGCAGUGGUAUCUUCUGAGUAAACCAUCAGUCUGUGCUUAGUUAGCAUGUGUCCUGGCUCCGACCUUCAACUUGAUGAGCUGGGAAAGUGACAGUGGGCAAGAGUGGAAAUCUGCACUUUGCUGUUCUCCAAGAAUGAAGCUGGCAUUCAGGGCCCCUUGGGAAGCCAGGAGACCAGGGACACUCGGACAUGGGUCCGCACAGAUGUGCAGCCUGCCUUUAAAAUAGACUAACUCAGUGCAGACUUGGUAACAGUCAUUGUUUCAGAUUUUUUUUGCUUCGGUUGGUAAGAGUUUUAUGUUGUUUAAAAGAUUUUGAAUAACUUAACCUGGUUUAUGGGCUCACUUAAUGUUCCUUUUUUCAUUCUUCUUGUCCCUCUUUUUAAAGAGCUGCUUGCCUUUCCUAUUUAUUUUUAGAAUGAUUUUUAAAAAAAACUUGUGCAAUACAUUUUGAGGUGAAACUUAGUGGAUUUUUUCCCUGAUGAGUUAGAGCAUUUAAUUGACUACUUUAUCCUGAUUGAUUUGUUGAAUACUUGCUAAAGACUAGUUCUUUAAGCUUUGACAUAUGAUAAAUCCAAACAGCAGUACCUCAUUGUUUACCUAGCUUUUGUACUUAUAUUUUUCAGAGGAGAAAAAUACUACUGUAAAUUGUAAAUAGUCAAUACAUAAACUGUAUUGUAUGCAAAUUUGUGACUUGGCAAUGUCAUCUUGGAAAAACAGAUAAAUAAAGUUUAUUUACUAU